UCAAAAGGUGACGCAUGUCAUCGGCACAAAAAUACAAAAUUAGUUUUUAUAUUUUGAUAACCACCACUAUGUAUUUUAUUUUGAAAUAAGUUUUAUGCUGCUGAAACAUGAUAGAAGCAAGCAGCACGGAUAAUGCUACAGUCACUACAGCGCCCACUCCAACUCCGGAUAAACCAUUGCAGGAUGGUCCAAAAGAAGAAGACGACGUCGCCCGAGCCGAAGCCACAUUCCGCUACACUGUUCAGAACAUAAGCCAGUUGAAGGAGCAAGUGCUCUCUCCCCCAUGCUACGUUCGGUGUCUUCCAUGGAAGAUCCUGAUCCUCAUCCGGCACACGACGACCCCUGACAGGCAGCAGCAGAAGGCUUUAGGAGUAUUCUUGCAGUGCAACGGGGAUUACGACACCCCAGGGUGGUCUUGCUAUGGCUUGGGAGAGCUGAAACUGAUGUCCCAUAAGCCUGAUGGCGCGCAUCUGUGUAGGAAACUUCAUCACAUGUACCACUGCAAAGAAGAUGAUUGGGGGUUCGCUCACUUCAUAUCCUGGGAUGAUCUGAUGGACCCUAACAAUGGUUUUGUAAAAGACGACUCCAUAACGGUGGAGGCCCAUGUUGUAGCUGAGGCACCCCACGGCAUUUCAUGGGACUCGAAAAAACACACAGGAUAUGUCGGGCUCAAAAAUCAAGGUGCGACCUGCUACAUGAACUCGCUUCUCCAGACUCUGUUCUUCACCAAUGUGCUCCGCAAAGCAGUUUACAAGAUACCCACAGUGGGCGACGACAGCUCAAGAUCGGUCGCGUUCGCGUUGCAACGAGUCUUCUACGACCUCCAGUUUGCUGACAAGCCUGUGGCCACGAAGAAACUGACGAAGAGCUUCGGCUGGGAGACGCUAGACUCGUUUAUGCAACAUGACGUGCAGGAGUUUCUUAGAGUACUCCUGGACAAGUUAGAGAACAAAAUGAAAGGCACUGUGGUGGAAGGAACCGUUCCCAAGCUGUUCGAAGGCAAGAUGACGUCAUUCAUCAAGUGCAAGAACGUGAACUGCACCAGCACUCGACUGGAAACCUUCUACGAUAUCCAGCUUAGCGUCAAGGGAAAGAACAACAUAUACGAGUCGUUCAAAGACUACAUAAGCACAGAGCUGUUGGACGGCGAGAACAAGUAUGACGCCGGCGAGCAUGGCCUUCAGGAGGCAGAGAAGGGCGUAAGAUUCGACGAGUUUCCACCAGUACUGCAUCUGCACCUCAUGAGAUUUCAGUACGAUCCGCAGAGCGACGCCUCUAUCAAGUUCAAUGAUAGGUUCGAGUUCUACGAAGAAAUAAACCUAGAUCCGUACCUGCAAGAGAUCCCAUCUACUCCUGCGCACUACACGCUACACGCGGUGUUGGUACACUCGGGAGACAACCACGGCGGCCACUAUGUAGUGUUCAUCAACCCCAAAGGAGAUGGCAAGUGGUGCAAGUUCGACGACGACGUGGUGUCCCGCUGCAGCAAGCAGGAGGCCAUCGAGUACAACUACGGAGGGAAGGAGGACGCGCCGCACCUCGCGAGGCGCGCCACUAGCGCGUACAUGCUAAUUUACAUACAGACGUCGCAGCUCAAGUACGUCCUGCAGGACGUCAGCGAGAGCGACAUCCCCAGCGACCUGUGCGAGCGCAUCAACGAAGAGGUGCGAUACGAGAUGGUAAGGACAUGCGGCAGAAAAAUAAGGUGCAGGAAAUAUAAGUCUGACACGUCAGUCAGUUCAGCGAAGUACUACGCACGGAUAUUCAGCGCACUAAAACAGUUCUUCACUUUGCAGGCCCUAGCCGGCUCUAAGUAUAAAGGAAGAUAACUAAGUCUAACAACACUCGAAGCACGCAGUUUUUAUACAGUUAUACAAUUAUUUUGAAAUAAAACUUUUGCCGAUGGCGCUAAUUUAAUAAAUUCGUCAGGUAGGUUAAUAAGCCAUAUCAAUGCAUUAUUUUUUCUUUGUGUAUAUUUUGUUGUAAUUAUUUAUG